GCGCGGGGGCAGCUGCGGGUGGGGUUGGGCGGCGCGCGGUGCCUCUGCGAGGGAAAUGACCGGGCGUGCGCGGGUCCGAGCGCGGGGACAAGCCCCCUCGGGCGCCGCCGGCAGCGCGGGGCAGCCUGGCUCCCCACGGCGGCCGGAUUGUUCUAGUGGUGACGAGCCCAUGGCUGUUAGGACUCUGCAAUCUGAGAAAGAAGCCUCAACUUCCUGUGGCCACAGGGAAACAACAAAACUUACACAGCGAUAUGGCCUUUCUGCUGGGGUUUCUGGAUGCACACUGCUGGAGAGAGGGGGAAAGACCCGAUGUAACUUUCAAGAUUUGGGAGUAAAUACUAGAGAGACUAUGGCACAUGUGAAAGACUGUAAAACAGGCUUCAGUGGAAUUCCAGUGAAAGUGGUCACAAACCUAUAUAGCUUAGGCUUGCCCAGGGAAUGGCAGCUUUACCAAUACCAUGUAACAUUUAAUCCAGAGUUGGAAUCAAGGCGCUUGCGCCUUGCUUUGCUUUACAGCCAUUCCGAACUUCUUGGAAAAGCCAAAGCAUUUGAUGGAGCUAUCCUUUUUCUUUCUCAAAAGCUGGAAAAUCAGGUUACAGAAUUAGUGAGUGUAACGAAAAGAGGUGAGACUGUAAAUAUCACCAUUACACUAACAAAUCAGCUAGCAUCAAGUUCCCCUGUGUGCAUUCAGUUUUUCAAUAUCAUCUUCAAAAAGGUUUUGAAAAAGCUGUCCAUGUGCCAAGUUGGACGGAACUUCUACAGUCCUUCAGACCCGGUGGAAAUUCCCCAGCACAAACUGACUCUUUGGCCAGGAUUUGCUGUUUCCAUUACACAGUUUGAGAACAGAGUGAUGUUAAGUGCUGACGUGAGCCAUAAAGUCCUUCGCAGUGAGACUGUUCUGGAAUUCAUGACAAGUCUGUAUACCAGGAUUGACAGCGCGUGCUUCAUACAAACAUGUGAAAAGGAGCUGGUAGGGCUUAUUGUGCUUACGAGAUAUAAUAAUAAAACCUACCGUAUUGAUGAUAUUGACUGGUGUGUGAAGCCAACUGACACAUUUCCAAAACGUGAUGGCACUGAAAUCUCUUACGUUGAUUAUUAUAAGCAGCAGUAUGAUAUAGUCCUGACUGACCUAAAUCAGCCUAUGCUGGUUAGCCGAUUGAAAAGUAAGCAGAAUAGCACUGUUGAACCACGUGUUGUCCACCUGAUCCCUGAGCUGUGCUAUCUAACAGGUUUGACCAGCCGGGCAAUUUCUGACUUCCGUCUGAUGAAGGAUCUGGCUCAAGAAAUGCAUCUGAAUCCUGAGCAAAGACAGCAAAGGCUGUCUCGGCUUGUUGACAACAUUCAGAGAAUCAAAGAGGCUCGUUUAGAGUUGGAGAUGUGGGAGCUGCAGCUUGGGUGCCAAGUUUCCCUGACAGGCCGUGUUGUCCCAACUGAAAAAAUCCUAAUGCAGGAGCAGACAUGUCUGCCAAUGAGUGCUGGUGACUGGUCAAAGGAUAUGCGUAAUAUGAAGAUAAUUGGAGUGCAGCCUCUGGAGAACUGGUUAAUGUUGUGCAGUAACAGAAAUGGAGAACUAGCUGAGAACCUUUUGAAUUGUCUGAAAAGAGUGGGAGGUCCCAUGGGAUUUCACAUUGAAUAUCCCAGAAUAGUACAAGUACAAGAAAGCCCAAUGGCAUUCCUGCGAGCAGUGCAACAGCAUGUAAAUCCUGAAGUACAGCUGGUAAUGUGUGUACUGUCUUCCAAUCAGAAGGACUGUUAUGAUUCGAUUAAAAAGUUCCUGAGCCUUGACCGACCUGUCCCAAGCCAAUGUGUACUAGCACGCACUCUGAACAAGCAGGGUAUGAUGAUGAGUGUCGCCACGAAAAUCGCAAUGCAGAUUAUCUGUAAACUCGGAGGGGAGCUAUGGGCAGUAGAGAUCCCUCUAAAAUCACUCAUGGUGAUAGGUAUUGAUGUCAAUAAAGAUGCCCUUAACAAGGGAAGUUCAGUAGUUGGAUUUGUGGCUAGCACUAAUUCAAAAAUUACAAGGUGGUUCUCUCGCUGCAUCCUUCGGAAUACAGCGACUGAUAUCGCAGAUUGUUUAAAAGUCUGCAUGAAAGGCGCUAUCAGCAAGUGGCACAAGUAUAAUUGUGAGUUGCCUGCGCGCAUCAUAGUAUACCGUGAUGGUGUUGCAGAUGGCCAGCUGAAGAUGGUGGUGGAUUAUGAGGUCCCCCAACUACUUAGUGUCCUCACAGAAUUAACUACUAAUUACAGUCCCAAAGUGUCAGUGAUUGUGGUCAGGAAGAAAUGCAUUCCUCGAUUCUUCACAGAGGCAAACAGAAGUCUGCAAAACCCACCUGUUGGCACUAUUGUUGACACAGAGGCUACUCGUCCUGAAUGGUAUGACUUUUACCUAAUCAGCCAACUAGCACGUCAGGGAACUGUCAAUCCCACGUACUAUAAUGUUGUGUAUGAUAACAGUGGAUUAAAACCAGAUCACAUGCAGCGCCUCACGUACAAGAUGUGCCACCUGUACUACAACUGGCCAGGUCUAAUCAGAGUGCCAGCGCCCUGUCAGUAUGCCCACAAGCUGACCUUCCUGGUGGGUCAGAGCAUUCACAGAGAGCCAAGCCUGGAACUAGCUGACAAGCUUUUCUAUUUGUGAGGAGAAUAAUAAUAAUAAUAAAUCAUGAAGACAACUUUAAGAAAUACUAACAUGGCCAAAUCUGGAUAUGGUCUCAUGGCUGCCAGCAUAGUGUAGCUCAAACUCAGUCUUGUAUUUGAAGGAAAACAUCUAGUUUUAGACUUAAAGAGAAAUAUCUAUUCUCUGAAUGAAGAGAACAGAGCAUCCUGAGCAGUAUAAGGGAUUAAGGUACUUUACUUCAGUUAGCCCCAAUAGGAGACUUGGAGCAUACUCCUGAGUAACAUUUGAAAAUGUAGGGGUAUAUGAUAGAAAUGUUGUUGAUAUAGAUACACUGUACAGCUGAUUAUUCUGUAAGCAUAUCAUUGCCAUUUAAUUUCCUAAUUGUUUUAGAGGGUUACUUUUUCCUUCAAAGACUCUUUUAGAAAACUGUUUGGAUAAGGUUGAAAUUUUAACAAAUAAAGUUUUAUUCUGUUUGCAUUUUAAGAUUUUUGAUAAUUAGUUAGAAUAUAUACCAAACUUUCUUUUAGGCUCCCUCUGCUAUUGAUAGACAAUCCUUUUAAAAAAAAAAUGCCCAGUGUUGCACGGAUGUUUUGCAAAUUAACACAAAUCACAGUAAACAAAAUGUAGGAACAGACACCUUGUUAUACAUACAUAUUAGCUGGGAGGUAUUACUAAAUGGUUUAGAAUUCAGUUAAUUGAAAAAAUUGGUUUGGAGGAGUCUCUUUUUUUAAGUGUUAAAUGACAUCUAUUGUAGUUUGAUUUUUAAAUAGUGUAGGUGCCUCACUGCACUAGCUAGAUAAUAGCCCUACUUUGUGAGUUUUUCAUUCAGGGAUCUGGCUUCAACAGCCAAAUUGUGUCUUAGCAACCCUGGAUGGUUGGUAAAUGUUACCAUAUAUGCUUAAUAGAUGGGUAGACUGAAGUUAAGUGUCUUGGUCAUAGCAAAAUUUUGAGUGAAGAGCAAGAAUACAACCUAGGAUCCUUAACUGUCUAAUUUUUAUGUAUUAGUGUCACAGAAAUACGUAUAUUCUAUGUUCAGAUACUUCACAAACAUAUAAAAAGUUUCACUUUAAAAAAGUUUUAAAAAGGGGGUUUCACACAGAGGUACAGUCAAAUCUGUAAAAUAAAUGAGUGGGAUUCAAAGAGAAAGAAGUUACCCACAGGCCAUAUCUAAGGAAGUAAUGAAAGUGGAGUCUACACAUUGCUGUGGUGAGCUGUUUCCACUUUGGGCAAAAUAGAGUUCAAAGAAUCAGGAUUGAUACUGAUAGCAAAGAAUAACGGUGGAGAGAUUGCUGCCCAAAAAUGUCCCAAAUUAGAUUGCUCCCCAAAGAGUUCUGCAUCUUGCACCUUUUUCCACAUAGUUGCAGUCAGUGACCUAGUUCUCUGAAACCAGUGGAAUCUAUUAAUAGUUGUAUUAUUGUUACCGCAGGUCACUUAUCAAAAUAAGCACUCUUAGCAUUAUUGAGUCCCUCACGCAGGUAGUUUGCCACUUGGAAGCCGGUGAGUCCCUGGCCAAACUGGUGAUAUGAAGCAUCUUGAUGGGUAUCUGAUGUGACUAUCACACUAUUCCAUAUACAGCUACAGAGUAAUUCUAAUAGACAAGUGCCAGUGUCUGUUAGUACCCUUUGCUUUAUCUAGCUGUGCACACGUACACCAUACAGUCAGUCCCAAAAGAGCUAAUUUCUACAAAUAACAUCUUGAUUCCCUGUAUUUAAAAAAAAUACAGAACUCUAACUUACCAUCCUCUGGGUCUCCCAGUGAGAUCUCUUCUCAUCUUUGAUUAUAAGAUCAUUAGGGCAAGAAUCAUAUCUGAAGUGGUCUUAGAUCGUGUAUAUAUUUAAUAAUACAAAGAUACACAUUAAAGCAUUGCUAUGUCUCUUUGGUAUAGAAAAAUUUAUAGAGAGGAGUUGUCUAAUUCUCCUCUAACAGCAAUAUAAAUCAGGUGCAACUCUUCUGAAGUCAUUACGCCAGUAUAAGGGAGAGGAGAAUCUGGUCUAGUUGCUUUACCUAUAUUGGAGUGAGAGGAGAAUAAGUCUUAAUGUGAUGAUACAAAACUACUCAAGAUAGUUAAGUCCAAAGCAGACUGCGAAGAGCUACAAAGGGACCUCACAAAACU